CAAACCUAACAGAAGUUGACAUCUUUCAUGACUCAUCAUUCCAAAACACACACUCUUUUUUUAAACCCUCUCAUCAAACCUUCAAUCUUCUUCAAUGGCAUCCAUCACCAUCUUUCUUUCAACCCUAAUAAUCUUAUUCAUUCAUGUUCAAGCAACUGAUCACAAAGAAGUAGCCAUUAAUAUCACAAAACACUUCAAUUUUCCAGACUUCACCACCCCAAAAACUGCUCACAACCUCAUGCUGCUAGGCAGCUCCACAGUGGACAAAACGGGUCGGGUUCAGAUACCCGAUACAAACCCGAAAGAUGUUGAUCUUAAACACCUGGCUGGCCGGGCUAUGUACGCGUACCCGGUCAGGGUUUUCGACCCGGUUACACGUACCCCGGCUUCGUUUAAAACGACUUUCUCGUUUCAACUUGAAACCACGCGGUCAAGUGUGGCUUCUGGUGGUGGUGGUGGUGGCGGCGGUGGAAGUGGUUUUACGUUUAUGUUAGCGCCGGACGAAUUCACGGUCGGGCGGGCAGGGCCGUGGCUUGGUAUGUUAAAUGAUGCGUGUGAUGAAGAAUAUAAAGCCGUCGGGAUUGAAUUCGACACACGGGAAAAUGUCGAAUUCGGGGAUCCUAAUGAUAACCAUAUCGGGAUUAAUUUGGGUUCGAUUGUAUCGACAAUCACAGUGAACGUGUCCGAAUUCGGUGUUGAUUUGAAAAAUGGGGAGAUACAGAGAGCUUGGAUUGAUUAUCAUGGUCAAGACCGGUUUUUGGAGAUCCGGUUAGGGUCCGAUAGCCAGGGUUAUCCUACGAAACCUGUUUUCGCGGGGAAACUUGAUAUAUCGGAAUUUCUGAAAGAGUACAUGUUUGUUGGGUUUUCGGCUUCUACGGGGAAUUUUACGCAGAUUCAUAACUUGAUUUCGUGGAAUUUUACAUCGACUAGUCGGGCUUCUCUUCGUGUACCGUCGCUGGAAACGUGUGAAAGCAAGAUCAUUACCGGAAAUGGUGGUGGAGAUGGUGGCAAUUUGAAUGGUUUCUUUAUAUUUAUGUCAGUUGUUUUGCUUGCGAUUGUUGCUUUGGUGAGUAUAUACUACAAUCACAAGCGGGGUAGAGAGAAACCGAACAAGGUGGCUAUGCUACCGGAGGUGAAAGAGCGGCCUCGACCGCCAAACAAACCGCGGAGGUUCACCAUUUCGGAGGUUUCAUCGGCUACUCGCUGUUUUGAUGAGCUACACAAGGUAGCACAUGAUGAAAGGGGUGAUGCAUACAGAGGUACAUUGUUAAACGGGUGCCAAGUGGUGGUGAAGCGGUUUUCUGUCGAAUAUUUCAAGUCUCACGGUGUUAACCGGCGGCACGUGUGUAAACAGAUCAAAGCGAUGAGCAAGUUACGCCACCCUAAUCUAGUGCCAAUUAGAGGGUGGUGCUUCGACCACCAAGAAACCAUAGUUGUUUACGAUUAUGUACAGAACGGGGUUCUUGAUGACUGGUUGUAUGGGAUCGGUGUCUUGCCAUGGAGCAGGCGGCUCAAGGUGGUUCGAGACGUGGCACACGCAUUGAAUUACCUUCACUCACAAAACCAUGCUCAUAAAAACGUGAAAACGAGUAGUGUGUUUAUCGACGUAAGUGUUCGAGCCUUGCUUGGUGAUUUCGGGUUUCUAAUGCCAGGUGCAGAAUCAAACCGGCUCGUGGAAGCAAUUGGUCAACCGACUGACGUUUUUGAGUUCGGGGUGGUUCUACUAGAGGUUGUAGCGGGAAGAAACCGGUAUAGGUAUAGGUCUAGGACCGAGUCUAGCUCUGAGUCUAACCUUGAAAGUGACGAGUUAGACUCGGACCUAUUACAAUGGGCAUGGACCAUGCAUGAGAUGAACAAGAAAGAAAGGCUUGUUGAUGAAAGAAUGGGUUUGGUGUUAACCCUAGACCAGGCGGUUCGAGUUGUGGAUAUCGGGUUAUUGUGUACGCUAAAAGAGAACGCGGGGCGGCCAAGCAUGUCGGAAGUGACGGAGUAUUUGAAAUUCGAGACGGAGAUUCCCGAAUUGCCCUCAAAUAGGCCUGUGACUUUGUUCCCUUAUACAAGCACGACACAGCUUUGUGGUAAUCCUUACAUGUGUGCUUCUUUUAAGUGAUAUAUAGCUACAAGGGAAUCAUUGGUAUACUGAAUGUAAUAGGCAGUUGUGUAGUGAAUAGUACACUGCAAAUACACUACUACUUUAUCAACAUCAUUUGUUACAACUUGUUUUAACUAGUACUUACCCAACGAAA